AUGGCGCCCGAUAGGGGUCAAGACCGCUCCGGCUACGACCGCCUUGGCACGUCCGAGGAUGACGCUCAAGGUGACGAUGCCCUCUCAUCACGACAGCCUCCUGACGAGGGAGACGCGCUUCGAGGUGGCGACCAAGACCACUCGCCACCCACACCGGCUCUCAGGGUGGCCAAGCCAGGGCUCGACGUCGAAGGCCGCAGCUUCACCCUCCGCGCCAUCGCUGCCGGCCUCCUGGUCGGGCUCGUCAUCUGCUUCUCCAACAUGUACUUUGGCCUCCAGACCGGCUGGGUCUCCAUGAUGACCAUGCCUGCCUCGCUCAUGGGCUUCGGCAUCUUCAAGACCCUGUCCCGGCACCUGGCCUUCCCCUUCUCGCCCGUCGAGAACGUCCUCGUCCAGACCGUUGCCGGGUCAAUGGCCAUCAUGCCGCUCGGCUGCGGCUUUGUCGGCGUGCUGCCCGCCAUGCAGUAUCUCCUGAAGCCCGAGGAGCAGGGCCCCGUCGACCUCAGCACUUGGAAGCUUGUCGUCUGGUCCCUGGGGCUGUGCUACUUUGGUGUGGUGUUUGCCGUCCCUCUGAGGCGGCAGGUCAUCAUCCGGGAGAAGCUCAAGUUCCCAAGCGGCUUCAGUACUGCGGUGUUGAUCAGUGUGCUGCAUGGCAAGACGGGGCUGGUGAGGGAUGACUCGUCCCCUAAGCAUCACCACCAGGAGCAUGUUGUGCCCGAGGGCUUCGGCGGGCGUCUCGGGCAAGACGGGAAUGUACAUGCUGUUGAUGAGGAAGAAGGCGCAGAUCUUCGGAGGCAGCAGUGGAAGGCCAACGUCAGGUUGUUACUGACCUGUUUCUUCAUAUCGGGGCUGUACACUUUUGCGACUUACUUCUUCCCAAUCUUGAGAGAUCUGCCGAUAUUUGGCGUAACAGCAGCUUCAACGUGGCUGUGGACGCUGAACCCGAGCUUGGCUUAUGUCGGGCAGGGUAUUAUCAUGGGACCGGCGACUACAAUUCAUAUGUUACUCGGUGCAAUCAUUGGAUGGGGCAUACUCUCACCCCUGGCUAAACACCAAGGCUGGGCCCCAGGCAAGGUCAGCGACUGGGAGAACGGGAGCAAGGGCUGGAUCGUAUGGACCUCGCUUGCAAUUAUGCUCGCAGACGCCGUCGUCAGUCUCGGCUACCUCGCCUCGCGUCCUUUGCUCCAGCGCCUCACCAAAGCCGGCGCCAGCUUCCACCGCCGGUGGCAGAAUGGGGACACGAGCCUCAGCCAGCUGCUUCCGCCGCGUCAUCAGGGGUACACCACACUCAGCCCCCAGGAGGACGACCUCCCGCCGCCCAGCCCCUCGUCUGAUCACCAGCAGCCAGAGCAGGACCACCACCAGCAGCAGUCGUCCAUCUCGCACCUCCUCGCCGAGGCCGACCAGGACGACGCCCCAGCCUCACAGCUGAUCUCGAACCGUACGGUGAUCAUUGGGCUCGCGCUGUCCAUUGCCUUCUGCGUGCUGUGCAUCCACAUCGUCUUCGGGGACUUGGUGCCCCUGUAUGCGACCGUGUCGGCGGUACUGAUGGCACUCGUACUCAGUAUCAUGGGUGUGCGCGCCCUGGGCGAGACGGACCUGAACCCCGUGUCGGGCAUCUCCAAGCUGGCGCAGCUCUUCUUCGCCCUCAUCGUACCGCAGUCCCACCCCACCUCGGUGCUGAUCAACCUCGUCGCCGGUGCCGUCUCCGAGGCCGGCGCCCUGCAGGCUGGCGACCUAAUGCAGGACCUCAAGACGGGCCACCUGCUGGGCGCGGCGCCCAAGGCCCAGUUCUGGGGCCAGGUCGUCGGCGCCACCGUAGGAGCCGUCGUGAGCGCGUUCAUCUACAGGCUCUACACGGCCGUGUACACCAUCCCGGGCUCGCUGUUCCAGGUCCCGACCGCCUACGUGUGGAUCUUCACCGCGAGGCUGGUCACCGGCCAGGGGCUGCCUUACAUGGCCAGGGAGUGGGCCAUCGCGUUUGCGGUGCUGUUCACAUUUAGUACCAUGGUUAGAAUCUAUGCUACAAAUAAGAGGUGGCAGCACCUCGUUCCUGGCGGAAUUGCCGUGGCUGUGGGCAUGUAUAACGUGCCCAGCUUCACAUUGGCGAGAACCGUAGGCGGACUGGUGGCCUGGUGGUGGAGGAAGAAGGGCACGAGGGAAGACACGCCGUUGAUUGUGCUCGCAUCUGGUUUCAUUCUUGGGGAGGGAUUCUUGAGUAUUGUCAAUUUAAUCAUGGAGAGUGCCGGUGUGCCGCAUCUGUGA